CACACACACAGGCGCGCGCACCUGACCUGACCGCACACUUCUUCCGCACAACCGCACUGUACUGCACUACCUCAGACUCAUUGGAGGGAGGGGGGAGACGACGCAGGUCGGCUGCUCACGGCGGGUCCGGCCGGAGGGGGAGGCGCCGGCGGAAUGCUGCGGGCCGUCGUUUGUCCCUGGAGCAGAAUUCGUGGCGCGUGAUUCCGCGCUUCUUGGCCCUAAUCGGCGGGCGGCGGCGGUUGGUCGAUUCGAGCGGCCGCGGAGGAGGCCGGAGUUUUCUUCCUUCGGGGCCGGGCGUUCGCGCGCGCUGGGUCUUCUUGCUGCGCUGGUCUGCGCUCACGAGCACGCCGAGGCUGGGAUUUUCGCGAGGAGUGAAGCGUUGAUGACCGUCCGAUUAUAAUUCUUCUUCUCCUUGUUCUCUAGCCAUCCUAACAAUGCAACAUCUUUUGCUCAUAGCUUUUCUUUCUGCUUCUCUGUUCCUUCCUUACCCUCCUUGUGCCAAAGGGGCUGAUCUGAACUCUGACAAGCAAGCCCUUCUUGCAUUUGCUUCGUCUCUGCCUCAUGCAAGAAAGAUCAACUGGACCCUCACAACGCAGGUCUGCACAUCUUGGGUUGGGGUUACAUGCACACCAGAUGGGAAGCGUGUGCGUAUGCUGCGACUACCUGCAGUAGGACUAUUUGGUCCUAUGCCCUCGAACAUACUUGGCAAGCUUGAUGCCUUAGAGGUGUUAAGCCUUCGGUCCAAUCGUCUUACUGUUAGCCUACCCCCUGAUGUAGCAUCCAUUCCUUCUCUGCACUCUCUUUACCUUCAGCGCAACAACUUGUCGGGCAUAAUACCUACAUCACUAUCCUCAAAUCUAGCAUACCUCGACCUGUCGUACAAUACAUUUGUUGGAGAAAUCCCAUUGAAAGUGCAAAAUAUGACUGAGCUUACUGGGUUGUCUCUCCAGAACAACUCUCUUUCUGGACCCAUCCCUGAUCUUCACCUUCCCAAACUGAGAUAUUUGAACUUGAGCUAUAAUAACCUCAGUGGGCCCAUUCCAGCUUCUCUGCAGAAGUAUCCAGCCAGUUCUUUCUUGGGGAAUGCUUUUCUAUGUGGGUUUCCCCUGGAACCAUGUCCAGGGACCACACCUUCUCCUUCUCCGAAUGCACCACCUUCCCAGGAAAGUAAUUUGGAAAAGUUUUGGGGAAAGCAUCACAAAAUUAUCAUAAUUGCAAUACUUGCUGGAGGAGCGGCAAUAUUGUUGAUUUUGAUUAUCAUACUCGUGAUAUGCAUCUGCAAGAGAAAGAGAGAUGGAGAGCCUCGCGCAGCCUCAUCCUCAUCCAAAGGGAAGGGUGUUGCGGGUGGAAGAGGAGACAAAUCCAAGCCAGAAUACAGCAGUGGUGUUCAAGAAGCAGAGAGGAACAAAUUAGUUUUCUUUGAGGGCUGUUCAUAUAAUUUCGACUUGGAGGAUCUGUUGAGGGCUUCAGCUGAAGUCCUUGGAAAAGGAAGCUACGGCACGACCUACAAAGCUGUUCUUGAGGAUGGCACGACAGUGGUGGUCAAGAGGCUGAAGGAGGUGGUGGCGGGAAAGAAGGAAUUUGAACAGCAAAUGGAGAUAAUUGACAGGCUUGGCCAGCACCAGGGUGUUGUUCCCUUGCGUGCUUUCUAUUACUCCAAGGACGAGAAGCUCUUGGUCUAUGACUAUGUUACACCGGGUAGCCUUUCAGCUGCUUUGCAUGGGAACAAAUCUGCUGGAAGAGCACCACUGGACUGGGAGACGAGAGUGAAGAUAUCGCUCGGCGCCGCACGAGCGAUCGCUCAUCUUCACACCGGAGCAGGCGGCAAGUUCAUCCACGGCAACAUCAAGUCGAACAACAUCAUCCUCUCGCGGGAGCUGAGCGCGUGCGCCUCGGACUUUGGCCUUGCGCAGCUCAUGGCCACCCCUCACUUCCACCCGCGGCUUGUCGGGUGACGCGCGCCCGCGGGCCCUGAGGGCCACAAAGCCG